AUGGGCGCUCCUCGUGCGAUGAAGCACCUCCUUGGUCACCACAUCGCCCGUCCGAGCUCUUUUGGGGCAGAGGCGAGAUUGAGAUACAGGACGAUGGACUCGAUAACCGUAGACGAUGAACAGGCAGCGACCCUAGAUAUCCCCCCGGUGGAUCCGACCGAAACGCGACAACCUCUCGUAAUCGGCGUGACAGUCACGGCGCUAUUUCUCUCGACUCUUGUCACGGCCCUCAGGGUCUACGUCCGCGCUUGCCUGCUGAGGAAAUGGGGCUGGGAUGAUUCGGCGUUGGUAGCAUCUUCUAUUCUCGUCUUCAUUGUUGGACUUUUGAUGCUCAUAAAUACCCACUUUGGCGAUGGUUUACAUCAGGCUACGUUGCCCAGGGACAAGUUUCUCAAAUCUCAAGAGGUAAUUGCAAUCACGGCUGUCGCCAUCUACCAAGUCGCCUAUCCAUUGAUCAAAUCAACCUUUCUUCUUCAGUACCGGCGCGUCUUUCCAUUACCGGCCUUUCAAAAGUUAUGUAAUAUCUUCUUGAUCUUCAUUAUCGCCUUUGGGGUAUCGCAGGUGAUUUCAAUCUGCCUGGCCUGUAUCCCACUCAAGAGCCUCUGGGACCACACAGUACCCGGCCGAUGCAUAAGACUUCUCGACUGGUGGAUCAUCGGGUCGUCGAUCAACCUCUUCACCGACAUCGUCAUCUUCCUCAUGCCAGUGCCGCUGCUGCGGACAAUCCGCCUACCGAUGAGGCAGAAGAUAGUACUAAUGGCGACGUUUGGACUCGGCUUCUUUACCUGCGCGAUCUCAGUCAUCCGCCUCACAACACUCAAGAGCUCAUCGACCUCCACCGACGCAACAUACAACACUGUCAUCGCCGGAAUUUGGUCGAUAACAGAGCUUAGCUGCGCCAUAAUCUGCCUCUGCGUCCCCACUCUCCGCCCUUUACUCGGCGGAAAGAGCUCAAGGGCGCGACCGCCCUCCUACCUCCGACCCAACAUUGAAGAGAGCGCCGACACAGAGCUCUACACGCAGUCCGACGGGGACGGCGGCGUAAAGAACAAGGCGCGCUGCUCAAGAAGUGAUUCGUGUGAACACCCGACCAGCGACCACCGGGAGAUCUAUCACGAUGUUGAUGCUAGCGGCGGUGGUCGAGCCCCGCAUCCGCGGAUAGAUCUCAGUGACGUCCCCGGGAUCCUGCCCCCUCCCGCGGUGCACAUCACACCAUACCAGGACUCAUCCCCAUACGAAGACUCGCCGCAACGAGAGACGACGAUACCCCUCACGAGGGUCGAAACCGAGGAAGGCGUACGGUUCCUGUCCGUAGACGCCCCUGAAGCAGAACUACCUACGCCAUUGAAGCCUCCACCGCGGCGACAUACCGACAGAGGACCCAGUCCGGAGGAUGGAGGGUACUUUGGCGCUGUUGUAUGGGACGCUUCGGGGCAGCCGCGGCUUCCUGGGGUAUCUCCCGUGGCGUCGAGGAGCAGCUUGGUUCGGGAUAAAAGGGACUCUGACAGGCCUAGCUAG